AAGAAAAUGGGAACAAUUGGUAAAGUUGUAAUCUCCAUUGUUGUAGCUCUGAUCGUGAGGUGGGGGUGGAAAUUACUGAACUGGGUAUGGUUGAAGCCAAAGAAACUAGAGAAAUGGCUGAGAGAUGAAGGGUAUAAAGGUAAUCCAUACAAGCUUUUAAUGGGUGACAUUAUAGAGUUUGCAACUAUAAUGAAAGAAGGUAAAUCAAAGCCAAUUCCAGUCACCCAUGAUAUCACUUCAUAUGCCCUCCCCUUUGAUCAUCAUAUCAUCUCCAAAUUCGGUGAGAAAUCAUACAUAUGGGUGGGGCCAAAACCAAUGGUGUAUAUAAGGGAUCCAGAGUUGAUAAAAGAAAUAUUAUUAAGACGAGAUGACUUUCAGAAGCCACAUCCCGAACCCUUUAGAGAUAACAUCAUAGGCGGACUUGCUGUUGCCGAGGGUCACAAAUGGACCAAACAUCGUAAAAUCAUCAAUCCAACUUUUAAUCUUCAAAAUAUUAAGAUCAUGUUCUCAGCUAUUAGCUCAAGCUGCAUCGAUAUGAUCCAUAAAUGGGAGCUUCUAACCGCGGGAUCCGGUCCUACAGAAGUCGACGUAUGGCCAUAUAUCGAUAACUUGGCUGGAGAUGUGAUUUCACGAACAGCUUUUGGUAGCUCUUAUGAAGAAGGGCAGAAGAUAAUCCGAAUCCAAAAGGAACAAAUCGAUCUUUUAUUCCAAAUGAUUUUUAUACUUUAUAUUCCUGGAAGAAGGUUUAUACCGACUAGAGCGAACAAAAAGUUUAUAGAAAACAUGAACGAGCUUCGAUCUGUACUAAUGGCAAUUAUCGACAAGAGGAAGAAAGCAAUCGAGAGGGGAGAAGGUAAACAUGAUGAUUUACUUGGGAUUUUGCUAGAAUCUAACAAGAAGGAGAUUGAAGAACAUGGAGUGGGAAUGAGCAUGGAAGACGUGAUCGAAGAAUGUAAACUAUUCUACGUUGCUGGAUCCGAAACCACCUCGAAUUUGAUCGUUUGGACGAUGGUUUGUUUAAGUUUGCAUCAGGAAUGGCAAAUCCAAGCUCGAGAAGAGAUUGUUCAAGUUUUUGGUGACACAAAACUAGAAUUCGACGGUUUGAAAAACCUAAAGAUUUUAACAAUGAUACUAAACGAGGUUCUUAGGUUAUACCCACCCGUGACCAUGAUGACACGGGCGACUCACAAGGACACGAAGCUAGGAAACAUGGUGAUACCAUCCGGCAUGGAGUUAGUGUUACCCAUGAUGCAUGUUCAUCAUGACCCCGAAAUAUGGGGAGAUGAUGUAAACGAGUUUAAACCUGAAAGAUUUGAAGAAGGGAUUGUGAAUGCAACAAAUGACAAAGGUUCGAGCCCGUUCUUUCCAUUUUCUAGUGGUCCUCGUGUUUGCAUCGGACAAAACUUUGCAAUGACGGAAGCAAAAAUAGCCAUGUCGAUGAUUUUGCGACGCUUCUCGUUUGAGCUUUCAGCGUCUUACAAACAUUCUCCGUUUAGGGUAUUCACUCUUCCACCUCAGUUUGGAGCUCCCUUAAUUCUCCGUAACAUCUCAUAAUAUUUAUUAUUUAUGUACAAGUAAAAAAUCUACAUAAUCUCUUGUAAUUUUUAUGGUUUAAUUAAGUAAUUUUUAUGGUUUAAUAGUAGUGUUAACUAAUCAGGAGUAGUGGCAAUUGCUAUCAAUAGUGACUAGGAUUAGUGAGGGGGUGUAAUACGAGAUAUGCAAAUUAAAUAUUAGAUUGUAUGUA